GGAGAUGGAACAAUGGAAGGGUUUUUCAAGCUUAUUUCUUACUACCAAACGCAAUCUGAGCCUGCCUAUUGUGGACUCGCUACCCUUUCUAUGGUCCUCAAUUCACUUGCUAUUGAUCCAGGAAGAAAAUGGAAAGGCCCUUGGCGAUGGUUUGAUGAUUCAAUGCUUGAUUGUUGUGAACCAUUGGAAAAGAUUAAAUCUGAAGGGAUUACAUUUGGGAAAGUGGCUUGUUUGGCUCAUUGCAAUGGAGCUAAAGUUGAUGCUUUUAGAACGAAUGAGAGCUCGAUUGAAGAGUUCCGCAAAUUUGUGAUCUUAUGUUCUUCUUCAGAGAAUUGUCAUUUGAUCACUUCAUACCAUAGAGGACAUUUUAAGCAGACUGGAAGUGGUCAUUUUUCACCAAUUGGAGGCUACCAUGCUGGAAGAGAUAUGGUUCUCAUAUUAGAUGUUGCUCGGUUUAAAUAUCCUCCUCAUUGGGUUCCUCUUACACUUCUGUGGGACGCCAUGGGUACCAUUGAUAAAGCGACAGGGCACCCAAGGGGGUACAUGAUUAUUUCGAGGCUUGAGCGAGCCCCGUCUGUUCUUUAUACUGUGAGUUGCAGGCACGAAAGUUGGAACAGUGUCGCAAUGUACUUAACAGAGGAUGUUCCUCUCCUCUUGAAGUUAGAGGAUCUAAAAGAUAUUCAACACGUACUUUCUGUAAUUUUUAUAUCACCGCCUGCUGAUUUAAGAGAGUUCAUCAAGUGGAUUGCUGAAAUUCGUAUUCUAGAGGAUGGAAAUUUAAUUCUGAGUGAAGAAGAGAAGGAAAGGCUAACCGUGAAGGAAGAAGUAUUGAAACUAGUAAGAGAGACUGAACUUUUCAAACAUGUAUCCAAAUGGUUGAUAUCUGAAAGUUCCCUCUGCAAAGAAGUCAAAUCUUCUGGGGAUGACAACACAUUACCCGAGAUUGCUGCAAAGGUUUGCUGCCAAGGAGCACAAAUUUUGGGUGGGAAACUUUGUUCAGUGAAUGAAAUGUGUUGUAAACAAACCGAUGUUAAACUCUUAAAGGGGGAUGGAGAAAGACCUGUAACAGUUGUAUCAGGGAGUGUAUUGACAAAUGGAACCGAACAAGGAGUUGACAUGCUGGUACCUUCAUGUCGAAUGGGGCGAAGUAGUUUGUGCACCUUUGAUCAAGGGAGUUGCAGAGGUAUGCAUCCUUCAACCGGUGAUGUCCUUACAAUACUUCUAUUGGCCUUGCCUGAUCAAACAUGGUCUGGUAUAAAAGACGAGAAGCUUCGGGAAGAUAUUACUAGUCUUGUAACAACCGAACGCCUCCCCAAAUUGCUGCAAGAAGAGGUUCUGUACUUGCGACGACAGAUCCAUUUCCUGAUGACUGACAUUGCAGCCUCUUGAUCAGCCCUAUAUUUGCUCCAUCUGCAGAAUUUUCCUUUCCAAUCUGCAUAAAUUAAGAUUAUAGAAGUGAAAAUUGACACUCUAUUGAAGGUUUGGUGUGGUGAAACACAAGUUGAAAGGAUAUAACAAACAACAAUGCUCCUGAAUUCAGAUUUGGGUAGUUUUCAAGUGGUUCACCGGUGUACCCUUUUGUGUUUUCCCCAUGUAGAUAGUUAUAAUUUCAAUUUUUUAUUUGACUACAUAUUACAGUUACAACAAACAUUUCUAAUAAGUUUUGAGAAAUUUCAAAUAAUUUACUGUACUAAAA